AUGGCAUCUGUGAAGUAUGAGGUUGAAAAGUUUGCGAGCCAAAAUGAGUUUGGUUUUGAAGAAGCUUCGAGAGGUGAAACUGCUCUUGAUGUGAAACUGGAGGAAAAGGAAAAAAAGAUCUUGAUGGGUAAAGCUCAUAGUGCUAUCAUAUUGAGUCUUAGAGACAAGGCUCUUACGUCUCUUAAGCUUAAGGCUUACCCUACAAGUCUUUAUGUUUCUACAGAAAUACUUUUACCGAAAUCUUUGAAUUUGCCUGCACUGACUAGGUUAGAUCUAACAUACUUUGCCUUUUGUGGUGGUGAAAACAGUUGUAUUGAGCCCUUUUUGGCCUUUACCAAGUUGAAUACUUUGGUCCUUCGUAAUUGUAAGAUUCUCUCCUUAGUUCCUAAUUUAUUGGAGGUUAAGCUCCUUUCUUUGUGUAACUUGAAGUCAUUGGAAGUAGAACUGGUACCACUUCAUAAUGGAUCUUUAUUACUAUUGAUGAAAGACGCCAUGUUAAAGAAAGCUGCUGCCGAGUCUGCUUCUGAUUCUGAGCUUGCCACUGCUGCAUCUCCCAAUGAAAAAGUUAUUGUUCUCUUGUUUUGUUAUACUCAAGUAGUAAACUUUUUUGCAGUGACAACUGAUAGUGUUGCUUUUUCUGCCUUUUGGAUGAUUCUCUCCCUAGUUCCGGGUUUAUUUGAGGUUAAGCUCGCUUCUUUAAGUAAUUUGAAGUUCAUGGAAAUUAAACUUGAAUCAGAUAGUCAUCAAAUGGGAUUACCCUACAUGGUGAAAGAUGCCAUGUUAAAGAAAGCUACUGCCAAGUCACGUAAAGAAGCUGCCAAGUUACGAAAAGCGUUCAAGGCAGGCUUGCAACCAACCCCCAUACCUGAUGGAGUGGUAGACUUUUUGCUUCAAAACUCGCCAUCUGCAAAGGUUGACAUUAAAAACAAUUAA